GCGAAAUUCUUAUUUGAACGACCUUAUCCUCUUCCUUCCUUCUUGUUCGUCCUCUCUCAUCAUCAGCCAUGGCUUCUUCUGCUCUCUUCAAGUUCCAUUCACAGACCUUCAAAUCUCCAAACCCCUCACCUCCUUCAUCACAUCAUCCCAAGCCCAGAAUCUCACAUCUUCAUUUCCCUAAUCUAACCUCACCCCACUCACGACAUCUCAACAAAGAAUCCGCCACCAGAACUCGUUUCUUGGCUCCUCUCUGCUCCUCCCUUCCUUCUCCUUCUUCUCCUCCCGUCUCCAAAGAAGAAGCCAUCCUCCAAGCCAAGACUUGUCUCUCUUCUUGUCUCGUCAAACCCCUCAACAACCCCAAGCUCGCUUCCCCGAAGCUCAAGAAACUCAAACAGCCUCGGUUCCGCCUCGAGAUCCCGAUCCUCGACGACGACGACGGCUCGCCUUCCUCUCUCACUCAGCUCGCGUUUUCCAUCUUCAGCGACAUGCCCAUCUCGAGAAGAGGCUCCAACGUCGUCGUCAAGCUCCUCUUCCUCUGGCCAGACCCUUCUUUCAUCGAACCAGCAGUCAAAGCCUUCCGUUCCGACAGCACGACCAACCACAUCGCCAUGUCUCCCGUUUCGGAACCACUCAAAAAGGCUCUAAAAUCUGCUGACGUGGCGGUUUUCAUGGCGCCCGAGAGAUCGCAGCUCGAAGACGUGAGGCUAUCCACGGAAGGUUUCGCCACGAAGCCUGUGGUGAUGAUCAACCCGAGGUGGUUGUUCGAGGAAGAGAAGAGCUUCGGAGACGACGACUUCGUCGGUUCCUUCGACGUGAUCUACGCGUUCACGGGUUUGGAAGUGAGGGGGAUCUUGAGCAAGAGGAAAGGAGUGAUCUUUAAGUGUGUGAGGGACGGUGUUGUGAGUGGGGAGAGAUGGAAUGUUCUCGUUGAGGAAGAAGAAGGGGAUGGGGCUUUGAAAGUGGUGUCUCAGUUCAAAGCUAGGCCGUCUAUGGAGGAAGUUGAGCUUGUGCUGUAUAACUUGAUGGCUAUGAACUCGCCCAUCACCAAAUCGGCUAAGUUUCUUAAGGAUUUGGUUUCUAAUAUCACUGGGAAGAAGUAGUUUUAUUAGUGAGAGAAUUUUGUAGUGUGUUCUUGUUCUGUUUUCACUUUCCCUGGAAUUAAGAGAGAUGCUUAUAACGGGGUCAAUGUUUUCUGUUAAAAGAAAACUAGCUCAUUGAAUGUGAUUAA